CACUGGUUUUAUUUGUGCUGGAUUGAGCAGCUUUACAUCAUUUUUUAAAAGGUUAACAUUUGAACUCUUGCAUACAGAAAGAUGUGGAUACAAGAUGAGGAGAACACAGUUGCAGACAAUUUUCCAGAAGUGGACAACCCGGAAAAUUCACCCUAAGCACAGAGCGUUCAAUGUGCCGAGAAAUGCCAAAAACCACACCAGAGCUCCAUGGUAAAGUUCAGGAAUGAACAACUCUGAUGAAGAAAGUUGCUUAUCUUCUGAAGAUUGGGGAGAUAUUCAGUUCGAGAUCCUGGAGAAGCAGAGAGAUGAAGCCAAUCAGAGACUGACGGAGCUGGAGGAAGUUUCCAAUCAUCUCCUGAAGGAGAUGAACCUGUUGGAGAUCCAAUUCCAGGUCGAAAGAUCCUGUAGGGAGAGUGCUGAGGCUCUGGCUCUCAAAGUUAGCAAAGAGAACAAAGCCCUGAUAAGGAAGAGCCAAAUGCUUAUGUCACCAAUCUCCAGCCUCCCUGAAAACCUCAUCACUGUGACCCUUGACCCAGAGACUGACCCAGUGGUUGAUGGUGAUGUGGUUGAUUUUGGGGAAAUUAACAGUGAGGAGAACUUGCUGCUUGAAUGUCAAGCCAAGAUCACAGCGCUGCAGGCAUCGUUGGACGGCCUGCUGGUUGAGAAGCUGCACUUGGAGCAUCAGGUGGAGGAACUGAUCAGAGAGCAGGCCCAGCUCAGAGAGCAGCUUGCUGUGGAGGCUGAGGAGAAGGAGGCUAUUCUGAGGAAAAUGAGCAAGCAAACCAAGACCAUGAGUAAAAUCAAAAGAGUCUCCCAGCUUGUCACCGAGGAGUUCACAGAAAUCUCUCAGAAACUGGAGCUGGAGCAGGGCCUCCGGCAACAUGCCGAAGUCUUCGCCCACCAGAUGUUAGCAGAUCAGAAGACGGCUCAGAGACCGAGCAUUAUGGAGAUGUGUAGCUCUGAGGCGGAUAUGCAGCUUCAGCUGCAGCAGGCGCUGAAACAAAUAAACCACAUCAGCACAGCCCUGUGCAACAUUCAGCACUACUACCAGGACCAGAGUACAGAUGGUGAAGAGGGCAGCAGUGAGCUGCAGGACCUGAGAGAGCAGCUGAAGAAGAGUGAGGAGGAGAGGAAGACUUUGGAGAGUCAACUGUCUCAGGCCAACGCAUCAGUCACAGAGGCGAGGGAGAAAGUGAAAUGCUUACAGGAAAUGAUGAACACAGAGGAGAGAAAUGAAGAAGUGGAGAAACUAACCACUCCUGCUCCACCUCUUCCCCCAAACCCACCGCCUCCACCCCCAUCCACUCCUGUUAUCAACUUACAGGAUUUCCUCAGGAGCAGGAAGCUAAGUGUCCAUGCAGGCGAUAAAAACAAGCCAGCACCACUGACGGACAUUAAGGCAAAGGCAGUGGAUGAAAUGAUGGAGAGAAUAAAGAAAGGCAUUGUCCUAAGGCCCAUACAAAAUAUUCAGGAAGAAGAAAGCUCAUGGAGGGACCAGAGAAGUGAAAAUAGGAAAUCAGCCAUCCUGGAAUUAAAGGGAAUGCUGGACAACAUUAAACGCCAGCACCUCAGCAGGGUGCCCUCCAGAAAGGGGAUCAGCAGAAAUGUUGGGGAGGCUGAGCUGCAGCUGGUCCUCCAGAGAAGAAGAAGAGUGAUGGGAGAAAAUCAGGACCAACUGACCUCAGCUCAAACCUAUGAUCUCCAACCAGGGCAGCAGCGCGUCCCAGCAGCAGGUGACAGUCCUUGGGCCGGUGAGAGCGGCAAUGCACCUGUGCUCAGGAGGCUGAGGCAAAACAGGGAGAAGAGAGAUUCCCGCAUCAGAGCAUCAGCGCUGAUCAUAAGCCACGGAGCCUUACAGUAGCCUUUCGAACAAAUAUAGAAUACAUCAUCCUACUGCCUUACAUACAGAUGCACUCCAGUAACUAGAAACAACUGCCUGAUUUUGGUUAAUGUUAAAUAAAAAUAUAAUAAAUAAA